AUGAAGCAGAGGUUCUCGUCAAUAGAUGUCAAGGUCAUCACGCAGGAGCUGGCCGCGGAGCUGGUCAACCUCCGCGUGUCCAAUAUCUACGACCUAUCCUCACGCAUAUUCCUCUUUAAGCUUGCCAAACCAGACCACCGGCGCCAGCUCAUCGUGGACUCUGGCUUCCGCACGCACGUCACCCAGUACUCCCGCACUGCCGCAACUGCCCCCUCCGCUUUCGUUACCCGCCUGCGCAAGUUCCUGAAGUCGCGUCGCAUUACGGGUGUCUCGCAGAUUGGAACCGACCGCAUCAUUGACAUCUCCUUCAGCGAUGGCGCCUAUCACAUGUUUCUUGAAUUCUUUGCUGGCGGCAACAUCAUCGUCACAGACCGCGAGUACAACAUCAUCGCACUGUUCCGACAGGUCAACGCUGGCGCAGGCGAAGAGGAGGCCAAGCUCGGGCUGAAAUACAACGUGACCAACAAGCAGAAUUACGGCGGUGUCCCUGAUAUCACGGACGAGCGGAUUCGGGCCACGCUGGAGAAGGCGCAGGCCUCGUUCGCGAAGGAGGACACCGCACCCAAGAAGUCGAAGAAGAAGAGCACCGACGUGCUCCGAAAGGCUUUGUCGCAGGGCUUCCCUGAGUAUCCGCCGCUUCUGUUAGACCACGCGUUUGCAGUCCGGGAGGUAGAUUCGACUACAUCUCUAGACCAGGUCUUGGGGAGCCGGGACACAUUUUUGGCAGUGAGGGGCGUUCUGGAGGAGGCGCAACGAGUGUCGAACAGCUUUGACACUAGUGAAAGCCACCCUGGAUAUAUUGUCGCAAAACAAGACCAGCGAAUGUCUGCUCCUGUGGAUGACGAGGGCGCGUCGAAGACACCGAGCCUGUUGUAUGAAGAUUUCCAUCCUUUCAAGCCACGGCAGUUUGAGGGGAAGCCGGGUAUCUCGAUAUUGGAAUUUGAGCGCUUUAACGCGACAGUUGACGAGUACUUCUCGUCUCUAGAAUCGCAGCGCCUGGAGUCACGGUUGACGGAGCGCGAGGAGACAGCGAAGCGAAAGCUUGAGUCUGUGCGAGACGAACACAAAAAGCGGAUCGAAGCUCUCAAUACCGUUCAGGAGCUUCAUAUCCGCAAGGCUGCCGCCAUCCAGGAUAACGUAUACCGGGUCCAGGAGGCGACGGAUGCCGUGAAUGGCCUCGUCGCCCAGGGAAUGGAUUGGGGUGAGAUCGCGCGUUUGAUUGAAAUGGAACAGUCCCGAGGGAACCCGGUGGCGCAGAUCAUCAAGCUGCCUCUCAAGCUGUACGAGAAUACCGUCACCCUUUUACUGGGAGAGGCAAAUGAUGAGGAGGAGGAGGAUGAAGACCUCGCCUCUGGCGAUGAGUCCGACUCUGAAUCUAACUCUGAAACUGAAGAACAGCAGGAGCAGCAGCGUACGGAUGCAACGUCUUCGCAGCUGUCAAUCGAUAUAGAUCUCGGUCUGACGCCGUGGGCAAACGCCUCUCAAUACUAUGAGCAGAAAAAACAGGCCUCCGAAAAACAGCAGAAAACCGUCCAGUCUUCUACGAAGGCGCUAAAGAGUCACGAGAAGAAGGUGACCGCUGACCUGAAGCGAAAUCUAAAACAAGAGAAACAAGUGCUACGACAGGCUCGCGUACCUUUCUGGUUCGAGAAAUUCGUUUUCUUCCUCUCUUCCGAAGGCUACUUAGUUCUUGGUGCCCGCGAUGCCAUGCAAGGCGAGCUCCUAUACCGCCGAUACCUGAAUAAGGGCGACAUCUUCAUCCACGCUGACCUCGAUGGCGCAUUACCUGUCAUUGUGAAAAAUCGAACUGGAAAUCCAAACGCCCCGAUCUCUCCCAGCACGCUCUCUCAAGCAGGCAUCCUCUGCGUGUCCACAUCCACGGCAUGGGACUCCAAAGCUGUCAUGUCCGCCUGGUGGGUUCAUGCCAACCAGGUAUCAAAAACUGCGGAAGUAGGGGGUGGGAUCCUGCCUACCGGUAGUUUCCAGAUCAAAGGCGAAAAGAACUUCUUGGCGCCUUCUCAACUUGUGCUCGGUUUUGCUGUUCUCUUCCAGGUUAGCCAGGACAGUGUGAAGAACCACAAGCAACGUUUUGAGUCGAAUAAUACUCAGGUAGACGCUCCCGCCAUGAACGUCGAUAAUUUGCCUUCAAUGGAGCAGGAGAAGGAGACUCGUGGAGAUGAACCUAUCCCAGUUGUGGAGGAGCCAAAGGAUCAAGAGGAGCAGAAGCCCCACGAUUCCGAGAAUGAGGAGGGAGAUAAUGAAGACCAAGCCCCUGCCGGGAACCCCCUUCAGCAGGGUGAUUCUGGACUUACAGACAGUCACCAACAACAAAUUGACAACAGCGAGCCCGAGUCUAGCGACGAAGAAGAGGGUGCAAAUGAAGCGAAUCCAGGGCAAGAAGAUUUUGAUGCUGAAGAGCAGGUGGAGGAAGAUGCGGUGCAGGAUGCAACCAUUCCAUCCAUUGACCAAAAUACCUCCUCUUUGCAAAAAGAAACACCCCAAUUGACAGACCGGGAACGUCGUGCCCUGCGACAAGGCAAAUCCAUCGACCGGCCAGGCGAGCAGGAACCUGCACCACCCCGCAUACCCCCGACUCGAGGCAAGAAAGGCAAGGAGAAGCGCGCGGCCGCCAAAUAUGCUCAACAAGACGAUGAAGAGCGCGAGCUCGCCCUCCGCCUUCUGGGGUCCAACAAGGGCAAGGCUGCCAAGGCCGCCAAGGCUGCUGAAGCCAAAGUCCAACGUGAACGCGACUUAGAAGCGCAUAAGCAACGUCGUCGGGCACAACACGAGCGAGCUGCCGAAGCGGAACGCAAACGCCAGGCUCUGUUCGCCGAAUCCGGUGCUGACGACUACAAUGACGAAACAGCCGCUGCCGAAGCCGCCGACCUUAGCUGGAUUCCGGCGCUGGUCGGUACGCCGAGCCCCGACGACGAGAUCCUGGCUGCGAUUGCGGUGUGCGCGCCAUGGGGUGCGCUUGGUCGUUAUAAAUACAAGGUCAAGCUGCAGCCGGGUACUGUGAAGAAGGGUAAAGCCGUCAAAGAGAUUAUCGGUCGGUGGGUCCACGAAACUACAACCGGCAAGGUCAAGAAAGAUCAUGCGGAGGAUGCGGGCAUCGCCCGUGCCGAUGCGGAGCGGUUGCGGGCGCGAGAAGGGGAAUUGAUCAAAGGCUGGAAAGACACAGAGAUCAUCAACACUAUGCCCGUGGGUAAAGUCCGUAUUAUGACUCGGGGGGGCUGCUGGUGCAAGUGGCGGCGGUGA